UUAUUUUAUUAUUUUCCUGCAGUAAGGCAUUAUAAGCAUGGAUGCUUUGGGGAGCCCGAUGGUGGACCCAUCAUUCGCCAAACGAAACCCAGCGCUGAGAUUAGUAGAUUUGGCAGGAGCUCACCACCAUCAUCAUCACCAUCCCCCUCAGAGCAUGACAGGCUUCCCGGGGCUCAGCGGCCAUCCCCACUCAAUGGCACACACGCACCCUGGGGAGAGUACUGGAGAACCCCGCCUGGGGCCGAGUCCAUUCGGGCCUGAACACAUGGGGCACCCUGCAGCCGCUGCGGCACUUAAACUCAGCCCAUCCCAUCCCCACCACCAUCACCACCAUCAUCACCACCAUCAUAUGGCAGGCCACGCUGAGGUUGUCUCCAAUCCAACGGCAGCUUUUGGCCCAGCGCAGGCGGCAGCAGCAGUCAGUUACUCGGUCUCGCACUCCCACGCCAGCUACACUGCCCAGGCUAUCACGGCAGGUAGAGACUUCCUCAUCCGCAGAGAUCUGACAUCCUCAGUCAUGCCUGGGCUCACAGAUCAAUAUCCUGGCACAAGUUCUCACCACGGAAUGUUUGUAUCAACAACAGGUAGCUACCCCGGACACCAUGGUCACCCCGAGGCUGGAAGCCACUCUCUAUUCCCUGGACUCCAUGAUCAGCCUCCCCAUGCAGCCCCAACUGGACACCAUCUGAACGGACAGUUAAGACUGGGGCUACCUGGAGACAUGUACGCCAGGUCUGAACACUACGGCCAAGUGGCAAGUUCCAGGAGUGAUCCUUUUGCCUCUUCCCCUCUGCAUAGCUACGGUGGCAUGAACUUAGCUGCCCACCACGGUCCAGGUGCUUUCUUUCGCUACAUGAGGCAACCGAUCAAGCAGGAACUGAUCUGCAAGUGGACCGAACCGGACCCUGUCACUAAAAAGCCAUGCUCAAAAACUUUUAGCACGAUGCACGAACUCGUUACUCACGUAACAGUGGAACACGUUGGGGGACCAGAGCAGUCGAACCAUAUCUGUUUCUGGGAAGAGUGUCCAAGAGAGGGAAAGCCUUUCAAAGCCAAAUAUAAACUUGUAAAUCAUAUCAGAGUCCACACUGGCGAGAAACCAUUUCCCUGUCCAUUCCCUGGCUGCGGCAAAGUCUUUGCUCGAUCAGAAAAUCUCAAGAUCCACAAAAGAACUCACACAGGUGAAAAACCCUUUAAAUGCGAGUUUGAAGGCUGUGACAGACGUUUUGCUAACAGCAGCGACAGGAAAAAACACUCUCAUGUGCAUACAAGUGACAAGCCCUAUAACUGCAAAGUAAGAGGCUGUGAUAAAUCGUACACGCACCCCAGUUCCCUUCGUAAGCAUAUGAAGGUCCACUGCAAAUCUCCUCCUCCAAGCUCGGGCUACGAAUCCUCCACCCCUUCGCUGGUAUCUCCGUCUUCGGACUCAGGUCGGGACCCCCCUGCUCCAGCCUCCCAGCUUGACCCCAUCACAUCUUCCCACGCAGCUAACCUGAGCGAAUGGUAUGUGUGUCAGAGCACAGGAGCAAGUGGUAUUCCAACUCCUCCAAGCAAUUCAUCAUCACCUGGACCAGGAGAACAUUCUUACAGAAACUCUGAUCCCAGAACUAUUCUCUAACAAGAAGCACAGAACUAUUUGGACAUGCAUUCACAAUAAGAAAUCUUAAGUAAAUCUUUGUUUAUUAGAUGUUUGCAAUCCCAUACUUGCCGCAACAUUUGACUUGAAGUACUUAAGUUUCUGGAGGCCCAGCGCCUAGGUAAUGUGAAAAUGAUGUAAUGCACUGGUAUGCACCAGACAAUGCAGACAUGUAUUAAAGAGGAAGUAUCCUUGAUAAAAUCUUACAUAAGUUGGUCAAUAGUCAGGAAUAACGCACCUUUAGCUGCAAAGUAUUUCCGAUCACUUACAAGUGCCCCUACCCACCACCUUACCCCUUGCCCAUCCCACUACCUUAUAGGAUUGUUUUCACUGAAUAUUGUACAAGGCCAAUUACUUUUCAAUUUUUCAUUGCUAUUUUUCUACUUAUUGGGGAAAAGAAACAAACUGCGAUAUCGUUUUGUCAAGGGAGUAUAUUACGUUGCUGUUUGAAAGACAGGAAAACGUUAGAAGGUACACCUGAUGUGAAUAGUAAUGUACACAAGCCUUUGUAGGCCAAAACAAGAUGGAUACUGUCUGUUUAAAAGCCUGUCUGAUCUUUAAACAUUUUUACAAACGUCUUCGUAUGAUACAUUUUACAGAAUAAGCCUGUAAAUCAUAUAAAUAUUGGUAUUGAUAUGCACCGUUUGUCUGUGUUAAGUAAUUCGUUCUUGUUUUCUUGUUUUUUUUUCUUGAGAUAAUUUAUUUAAAAUGUUACAAUAAAACACAUUUUGUAUAAAUGAACCAAAGUGUUUUAUCACAGGGCAGUUAGACAGUGUACAUUUUUUUCUUAGAUUAUUUUAAAUCAUUAGCGUGUGUUCUGUAAAUUAUAGUGUUUUAUAAAUGGAGGUUUUGACUAUGUAGCAUAAUUUUCUUUCUGUAUUUUUGAUCCUGUUUUGAUAUACAUGGGUACUGGUUUGUAAUAAAUUGAUAAUAAUAGGAUUACGGUUUAAAGACAUUCUAGGAAUUGACCUAUUUGUUGUUAAUAUGUAUAGUAAAACAUUGUUUCUGUCCUAUCUCUGUGACAUAUAUAAUUAACCUCCUCUAAAGAACAAACCCUAACUCAUUGACUUGGUCAUGUUUUAUAGUCAGGAGCAAUACAUUUCUUAGUACAUCGUUUUACGCCACAAGUACGUUAUUCAAAGCGCAUUUUCCAUUUGAAAAUAAGUAACAUCGCCGAAGCACGUUUUCCUUUUUGUGGAACCCUAAAAUAUAGUUGGUAAAGAAGUUGUAAGACCGAGGUAUUGUUACGGUGAAACCCUACUGUUUAAGCAGAAGUCGUUGGAAUGUGUACUGAAACCACUUUGUAUUUUGCCAAUGUAUGAAUGAAUUGUGCAUAGUUUCCUAUUGUAUUGUCAAAAACUCAUAAAUAAAUGCGUCUUGGAAAUUAAUAAA